AUGGGCCGAGCACCCCCCGCUCCAACACCGACGACUAUUGACACGCCGAACAAGAUAUUGGCAAAGUGGGAACCAAUUUACCCCCAGAAGACAGAGGCUUUGCAGGGCUGGCGCGAGAAAGCCUCUCAAGAUGUUCGAGCCAAAACAUGGCAUGGCAACACGGCACAGCGUCCAUCAACUUAUCGGCCACCACGGGAGGUCCCCCCUCCUCGCAAAGAGGCGGAGGUGCCGAGUCCAAAAAGCAAGUCUCCGAAGAAAGCGGUACCUCAUGAUUUGGAGGAUGAUAAACCGCCCAUACCUCCGAGAGCUCAAGCGCGUACUGACCGUUCGAGGAAACAAUCAAAGGCGCCAAAGCUCGAGUCUUCGGCCCCUAAGGGGAUACGUAAGGAAUCUCAACAAGACGUGUUUUCUAAUGAGGAGAACUUUCCACCGGGAGGCAACGUGCUUCCUUCCGUAGCCAAAAGACUAGUGAAAGCCACCGUACUAUCUGAGUCAGACGAGAACGCCGCCCAGGUGCAGGCGCAAGAGUCCCGUAAGGCUCAAAUACCCGCAGAAUCAAAACGGCCAACCGGUGUUGUGGACAAGCCCCUCAGAGUUUCGAUCAGGCAGCCUGAACGCAAGGCCAAGGAAAAGGCCGCUCUCCUCAACGAAUCUACACCGACGGAGUUCGAGCAUCCGCCAAUUUUCCAGUCUGGGAGGAUGUUCAGAAGCCUGCCAGGACCUGCAAAGCUCCCAGAAUUGGAAAGAAGAGAACGGUCAGCUCAGACGAGUCGCGGAACCAUUACGCCAAAUCCUGCUUUACCAUCCACAUGGAAACUGACCUUGAGCUCAUCUUCGUCACUUGAAGUGGCCAUGGAAGCUGCUUCACGUAAAAUGGAGAUGCAGGAAGCCAAUAAAUCUGGGAAUGAGGCACUCCCAGCACAAGAUUUGGCGGCAGACGCACAAGCUGUCCCUGACAUGACUUUAGAAGCCAAGCAUGGCGAGCCACUUCCAGAACCUCUUGGCGAGGAAGCUCUCUUACCCUCUGGUAGACAACCCGAGCAGGCACACAAAAUACUGCGAGGUAGUGAUAAUUCCGAUCCCAAGGAGCAGGACGACAAAGACAUCGAUGACAGAGAUGUUUUGCGAGGUCUCCACAUCGCCAUAUCGGCUGCUUGUGAUGAAGAAGUUGACUCAUGGAUCCGACAAAAGACGGGUGUGCGUAUUCGUCGAUUCUUGGCGGACUUGAAGGCAUUUGAAACGCUGGGAGAAGAGGAUCAACCGGAUCCAGCCAAGGAGCGCGCGAGAAACAGGAGAGCCGACUCAAGGAAACUCAAGGCACAGAUUCGACAAUCCAAAGCCGCUCGGGAGGCAAGAGCAGCGCAGUGA